CCCGGCCCUUCGCGUGCCCACGACAGAGGCCCAGGCGCGACCCGGCGCGCCCCACCCCGGCCGGCUGGCUCCGGAGGCCCCCCUUUUUUGGGGCGAUGGGGCCGCCGAAGCUGCCGGACAUCCGCGCCCCAGGCGUGGAUGCCGCGGGCAUGUACCGGUCGGCGUCGCUGCCGAGGGUGGGCCCAAAGGUGAAGGUCAGCGCUGCUGAGCUCGGCAGCCUGCGGCGGACGGAUGUCUCCGGGCAGGUCGACGCCCUCAGGACGGCCGCCCGGGAGGCCAAGGCCGACCUGAAGGCGGAACUCGCCGAGCGGAAGCAGCGCAGCCGGGGCAUGCUGCUGGGGAAGUCGUCCAGCACCCCAGAGCUGCGCGGCGCCAAGGCCAGGCCAGCGGCGGCGCCCGACGCGGCGCCCGGCUCCGCAGGGAGCUCCGGCUCCGGGGGCCGAAGG